UGCGCCGGCAGCAGGAGGCGGAGGCGGAGGCGGAGGCAGGCGGGGCAGCCGAGGACCCGGCUCUGGCAGGCUCCGAGGGUCCGGCCGAGUGUAAUUCCCCCCUAAUCCCCGCCACGGCGGCGCUUCCCUGGCCGAGCCAUGUCUGCGGCUUCCCCGCCAUGCCGAGCCUAGCGGGGAGCGGGAGGACUGGCGGCCGGGAGGCGCACAAAAUGAAGACCCUGAUGCGCCACGGGCUGGCCGUCUGCCUGGCGCUCACCACCAUGUGCACCAGCUUGUUGCUCAUGUACGGCGGCAUCGGCAUCGGCGGGGGCCACUCGGAGCCGCGGCGGCAGCAGCAGGUGGCGGCGGUGCCCAGCCGCCCGCCGGAACGCGGCCAGCGCCACCCGGCUCUGCCCGUCGGGGCCGGCCUCCUGGAGGGCUACAUCAGCGUCCUGGAGCACAAGCCGCUGAGGAUGCACUGCAGGAGCUGCGCGCUGGUCACCAGCUCGGGACACCUCCUGGGGAGCAGGCAGGGCCACAGGAUCGACGAGAGCGAGUGCGUGAUCCGCAUGAACGACGCGCCCACGCGGGGCUACGGGAGAGACGUGGGCAACAAAACCAGCCUGCGCGUCAUCGCGCACUCCAGCAUCCAGAGGAUCUUACGGAACCGCAACGAACUCCUCAACAUGAGCCACGGUGCCGUGUUCAUCUUCUGGGGCCCCAGCAGCUACAUGAGGAGAGACGGCAAAGGCCUGGUGUACAACAACCUGCAGCUGAUGAACCAGAUCCUGCCUCAGUUAAAGGUGUACAUGAUUUCUCGCCACAAGAUGCUUCAAUUUGAUGACCUUUUUAAACGGGAGACUGGAAAAGACAGGAAGAUAUCCAACACUUGGCUUAGCACGGGCUGGUUCACAAUGACUAUCGCAUUAGAGCUCUGUGACAGGAUAAAUGUUUAUGGCAUGGUGCCACCGGAUUUCUGCAGGGAUCCCAAUCACCCGUCAGUACCUUAUCACUACUACGAACCUCUGGGGCCAGACGAGUGCACCAUGUACAUCUCCCACGAGCGGGGCCGCAAGGGCAGCCACCACCGCUUCAUCACGGAGAAGCGCGUCUUUGAGAACUGGGCGCGGACGUUCGACAUCCGCUUCUUCCAGCCCGACUGGCAGCCCGACCCGCACGCCGGCACCCAGCGCCAGGGCAGGCCGCGGCCCUGAGCCUCGGGGGGCUGUCAGCACCUCUGCAGCACCUCUGCAGCACAGCAGCCUGCAGGGCAAGGACAGCAGGCCUGCAGCUGGCACCCGCAGCAGCAGCACGCAGGAGCUGGCAUGGAGGGGCAGCACACACUGAGAGCACUCCUGUCAAACUCUGUCAACCCAGCCUGUCGCCUUCUGACUUGCUGUGUGUGUUCGUGAUUCGUGAAACACAACCUGAGUGUCAUUAAGGGAUGGUUAAUUCAUUACGGCUUUUUAAAAUACAAUGCCACUGAAUUUUCAUAGUGAAAACUUUCUGGGUUUAUUUAAUGGAGGUUUUUAUGCGAACUAGGCCAGUAUUUUUCUAAUUCACAGUUAUGUGGUUGUUUAUCUUUCAUAAUCUUUUAAAUCCAAAAUUAAUAUUGCUGAUGGUUUGAAAGGCCUAGCUUUUUAUUUAUAAAACUUGUUUGAAAUAUAUAGUUCUAUAUAGCAUGUAAUUAAUAUUUGAUUGGGAAAUGUUGGAUUUCUUCUAAGAAUUUUGGGCUCUGUUCCAGCCUAAAGCCUUUAACAGCAAGAGUGGUCCCAUGUGCAGAUCCAGCUCACUUUACAUUCUGACAUCUUAUGUUAAUACAAAAACGGUACUGAAAAUUCUGUUUGAUAUUAAUGUGCAUUUGCUGCUGUGCUAUCAAGCUGCUGUUUUUUAAAUAGGGGUGGGAGGAAGGAGGGCAAACAAAAUUUACCCAAAAAGAAGCCAAACCUCCCACUGGCCAUGGCAGCAGCUUCUCAGUGAAGACAAGCUAAGGCUGGAGGGGUUGUGUUCUGUUUUGCUUCUUGUAUUCCCACACGAGGCUGCCAGCAACCCUCCUGAGGCAACAGACUACAAACCAGCUGCUCAAAACAGUGUGACCAAAGUUGUGGAAUGAAGGUAAACUACCACUACUACAAUACAGUCAGAGUAACCAGAAAGAUGACAGCACUGCACCUGCAAAAAAUCUCUGCCUUCCACUGUCCAAGAUCAUCACUGAUCUCAAGAUUGUGGAUCACACUGAAGCUGGGAUAUGAAAAGCUGGCAUGUUCCACGAGUACAAAAUUGUUUUUUUGAAAGGAGCAAAGUUAAACUCUGCUUUUUUCCCAUGAAGUACCUGUAUGUGCAUGGUGAGUCCCUGCAAGACAAAGGGGAAGGACAAUGCUCAUGCUGUGUGUGGAACCUCACAGUGGGAAUCACUGGGUUACAUGUGGCUUAUGAAUAAAGAAGAUUUCAGUUAGAGUAUUACUUUUCCUUUUGUUUCACAAAUACCAAAUCUCAUUUUUUUUCAAAGUAAUCAGUAACUAAUGCAUGAAACAUACCUCAGGUGAUGAAAGGUGUCUCUCAUUAGACAAGUGCAAAAGCUGGAACAAAGAUACUACCUUUAAACACCUAAAUCCAAGAAGCUGAACCUCAGAGGUGAGACAUAGAACUGGGACCAAACACUCUCAUUUAAUCCCCCUUGUAACCCAUGGUCUUCCUCUUUCCAAAACUGGACAGCAAUAGCUGCAGCUGCCACACAGAUACCCUGAUUCUCUGGGGACAGAGUGAACUGUCCUGGCAGGGACAAACUGGUGUCACCUCUGUAACACUGCCUGGACCUGAAGUGCAAGUCUCUGAGAGCCACUGUCCUGCUGCAGCCCUGCCCACUGUCAAAAAGUAAGAAUCUAUAAUGUAUUUUGCCUUAAAAGCUUUAUUUUGGUGUUCUUCCUGGUACACACCACUCAGCCUGCAAACUGAAUGCCAAGUGCGUGUUACCUUCUCUUGUCAGCUGGUGUUUAACUCUCCUUCCACUGAUGGUGUUUUAUUCCUUCCACUUGAUUUCACUGCAUCCUGUAAAAAACAGAAUGGGUUUUGAACUGAUGGCUUUUGAACAUCCCUUUCAACGUGUACUGGGUACUGUAUCCAGCAUAUAUUGCUGCAAUUGAUGAAAUCUAUCAAACUGAUUUACAGAUCAUUUCUAAUGUGACUGCAAGACAUGGUACAGAUCACAGUAGGUCCUCCAUUGCUACCGUCCCUGUUUUAUUACUGAUACAAUAAUAAAAAGAUCUUGUCAUUUUAAACUAGAGCUCUUAGUUUUUCCAUCAGUCAAGGGCUGGAGGAUGUGUAUGCUGUAUGUUUAGCUACGUUGUUGUUAAAAUCAGAUCAUUUAAAGGUAGAGUACACUGGUCUACUUCCAAUAUUCUGCAGAAACACGGAGACUGCUCAGAUCCCAUUGUGUUCCACAGGCUGGUUCCCUGUCUGCAAAACUGCUCACUGUCAAGUAGAUAUGGGGAAGCAUGAAGAAUGUGAAGAAACAUGAAAUAAACUGUAAGGACACUAAAUCUAACAGAGCCAAGCUAAGCAUUAUAACUCAUUCCUUGAUCAGUUUCUGUUAAUAACUCUGUGUUCUUGCUACCCUCAUACACAUCUUUUAAACAAAACAAACCCAAACUCACUUUAGUCUCAUCAAACUCCUGUGAAGUUUCAGCAAGGUCCCCCAUCUAAUUACAAAAAGUAUGAAGGAGUAUUUUCUAAGUCACACCUAUAUAUAUAAAAAGGAAUUUGAUGAAGCCAAGGAGACAGCAAGUUUUAAAUAGAUCACAGAGAUUUACGUGGAACAUAAAUUGAGACCAAAAACUGUAAGUUGUAAGAGUGCAAAAGAAAUGUAAAUAACUGUUAAAGCACUGCAAUUUUAAUUAACAGAUCACUGAUGUAUUUAUCUAUGAAUGCACAAUUUUUGAACUACAGAAUCCUGCUGCAUUUCAGCCUGAUGUAAGGUUUUAUGGCCUAGUUAUAAACCAAACAGAUUUAUGACAGAAAAUGCUGUCAGCCUAGGGAUACAUAGUACAAACUAGGCAUUGCUGCCAUUCUCUGCUUUAUGCUGUCAUCUCACACUCCUCGCUAUAAUUUGAUCGAUUCAUGAUCUGCAGCACAUCAUCUCACAUAUUAAAAGCUGUGGCAAAACAGUGUUUACAGACACCAGCAAUUUCAAGAUCUAUGUUAGUUUAUUUCUGAACUCCUUGCAUACCUUUAGGCUUUUACACUUGCCUUUGUCAGAGGAGAUAUUUUUCAUCCUGAAGAACUGUAGCUCUUAUGCCGUAUGUGCAACUGGAAUUGAGAAUGACAAAGAAAACAUCUCUGCUACUAAGAACAAAAAGUAACAAAAGCUGCUUUGUGUUCUGUUGGCUCAACAGCAACAGCACCAUGGUACAAAGCAAAACCAUGAUGCACGUGGAGAAACCUUCCACCCAAAGUGCUGGAGACCUCAGAAAGUCAACACUUUAUUCUUCAUAACAAAACUGAGGAAAGGGGAGGUUUGAAACUAAGACAAAGCGACAGCCUUGGAACAAGAUUUGGGAGAGAUUCAGGUCUGCUGACUGGCAGCCCUGGCUCGAUCCAGCACAACACACAGUGGUACUGCCAUGUGCAUUCAUACGGAGCAGUAAACUAAUAAAAUCCUCCUGGAGCUGCUUACCCAAGACUGGUCCUGCUGUAUUUUCCAGGCAAACUUCAAAGGAAAUUAAGUGAUUUUUAUCCAAAAUACCCCUAAGGUUGCAAGGAAACAGUAAGAUAAAAAUAGCUGGAAAAGCACUGGGGAAUGGGGUGAGGAGAAUCUAAACAGUAAGGAAUAAAGUGUGCCUUGUGCUGUUUAGUUUUAUUCCCCUGGAAUAUGAAGCUCAAGCUCAGGCUGGAGCUGACAGAGAGGAAUGUCCUGGCUCAACAGGACAGAGAGGAAUGUCUUGCACAGUUUUCUUUGCAGUAUUCUGUAAGCUGAUCAGAGGUGCCACAAAAACUCUUCGAAAAAUGCUGAUAAUAAUUUCUGUAAUGAACGUUAAUGAUUUUAUCUGAUGCAAGGAGACACAAUUUCUAAUUCAAUUUUAAACAUAGCUUAGGGAUUAAAAAAAAAAAACCCAAGCAGUUAAACCAUCAAAGAGUACUUGUAAGGCAGCAAAAGGUACUGCAAAACAAAAGGAAAUACAGAAACCUUACAGGUACCAAUACAUCUGAUCCUGUUUGCCAUUCCACAUGCAUUAUAAAGACCAAGAGAGGUAAGGGGACCCUAAAAUCAUCACAAUUUGAGCCAUAAUAUUUUCAGCUAUAAACUUAACCUGGACAGGAAAACUAGUACAGAAAAAGUAACUUAGUGAAAAUCACACAUAAUCUAAUGUUUAGUGAGGCUCUUCAUUAGUAAAUAUCAAAGCAUUUCACAGAGGAAAUAAGUACCAUUAUAUUGGAGCUGGAUAUAAAGGACAGAGCCUAAGUUUAAAAUACUACAUGCAGAGCCAGUGGGCCUAGUCAAACAUUUAAUAUAAGAGCAUUAUUCCAGUAAGUCAGGCCAAGAAAGGAAAUCUAUUUGCUAUUUCAGAUGAGUCAGUUUUGUCACAGGGACUAGUAUGACAUGCCAUGAAUCUCCCAAAUAAACCACAGCCUGGUGGCCUGGUCUCUGCUGAGCUGUCACUAAAGCCAUGUCAACAGCAGUGUGAAAAAUGCCACUUCCAUGGUGAGGACCCCCCAGGCUGAGCUUUGCUGUUACACUGUCCAAACAGUUCUUGUGGGGCUUGUUUUGUUCAAGGGACUGUUGUAACAACGUCACCAAAAUAAUUUAGGCCAAUACAAUUUGCAUCUCUAUUAAGCCUGUUGGCCAAAGCAGCAAAACUGGCUCAGUAUUGGCCAAGGCUUUGGUGUUAUUCUCACACAGACCUGAAAAGAAAGAAAGGAAAAAAGGUUAAAUCUAUAAUCUGCAUGGGGAAGAACACAUGGUACAAACAUUAAUAGAUGUACAUCCUUGAAUGGAAACCUUAAACAUUAUCAAUUUAAUCACUAAAUCAGGCAUAAAUCCUCAUUAAGGGAGAAAAAGUAACUCGGUCUUAAAGAACUUGCAAGUGAAAUGAGUUCUAAGAAAUGCUGAUUUCAGAGUAUGUUAUGCAGCCUAUGCAAGUUUUUAUUACAAAACACAGACACUUUCAAGAUACAUUUCCUGAAAGCGUUUUAUUUUUAAAAGUUCACAGAAAGAGGGAAAGCAGAAAUAAAUUAGUGUCAUAUAAACUUCCAUGAGAAACUUUCUCCAUUUUAUUAAUUUGCCUUUCACCACUUAAGAGAUGCAAAAAACUAUUAUGCUCAUUAUUGUACAGAAGUGCUGAAGUGAUGGAUAAAAGAGUUUUUGUGGCACGUAUGAUUCAUUUGUGGAAUACUGGAAAGAGAUUUCUGCAGGACAACUAUUGGUACUGAGCCUCAGCUUUCCUCUCUGUCAGCUCCAGCCUGAGUUUGAUCUUCCCAUGGUUGAGAAGACACUUUCAUUAUAUACACUGCUUUUUCCUGCAGUUCAUAACUUAUGGACAGAUUAGUCUCUUGGGUGAAAUAUUUUAUGCUUGUCUCAAUUCAAAGGAGAAUUCGUCUGGAAUCAUGAUAAAGUUCUACCAGGCUCUAGAGAGCUCUACACAGAGCUCUCUAAUACUGACAGAGCUGAAGAUCUGUACAUGAGGAGGACACUGAGUUUUCUUGUCCUAGCCUGUACCACAUACAAAGGUUGUCUUCUCUCCAAAUACCACAGACUCUGAAAUGCACCAUUCUCACUUUAUGGAUUGCCUUCCACUUCAUCUAUUUUUAUCAAGUCCAAAUAAUCCUGACCACAUAAAAGCUUUUGACUUCACAAUGCAAAGCAGUGGAUGAAAUAUUCACUAUUUACCAGAAACUAGCAGCAUCUCAUCUCCUCAGCUAUACUGAAUGGAUAAUUAGGGAAGCCUUCAGAUCAGAAACUUCCUUUUUAUUCCUUCCUUCUAAGCAUCCAUCAGGGAAGAAAAAGCAGCAGUUCUCUAACAUCAAAAAGCCCCUUACUGACAUGCUGUCAGUAUCAGGAUUGCCAGGGCUGCAGACUUCUGCUCUGCCUUCUGCCCAGCUGCUCUUCCAGUGCCUCUCACAGGAGCACAGUGCAACACCUCCCUGUGCUUAUCACUGCACAAACCCUCUCCCCCAGGAUAAAUUCACAGCUGAACCUGGCCUCAGCCCCUUUGCAGAACACUGAUUCAGUGCAACUCAGCCUUGCCCCAGCAUGCAAUGAUGCCCCUCUGAAGGCAGAUUGGGCCACAAGUUCCAUUUACUUCCAGUACAUUCUGUGGUAGCUGAGAAUAAAAACCCCUGACUCCUGCAAUAAGAGACAGAGAUGGGCUCAAUGUGCUCAGCAAGAGAAUUACACCCAGAUUACAUUUGCUUUUCUGUAAUCAAUAACAGAUACCAGCUUCCAGGAGGAAAAACCAACUGAAAGAAAAAAGCUCUCCACUCUCUAGAAGAGACACACCAUCACUAAUGAUGUUUGUAAAGAUACCUGUGAACAGUCUCUGGUAUUUGCCUAUGCCAAGAGAACAGCAUUUCAUCAUAACACUCAUUAAGCAUGAAAAUAUUCAGCCGGCAUAGACCAAGAGACACUGAUUGUCACUCCCUGCUCAGGUUUCCCUCUCCACUCAUUUUUGUAGGAACCUCACUUUUCAGUCUGUAGCAGAAGCACAGCUUAGUCACACUUUGUGUCAGCCUUUGGGCCUGGCCACAGGCACUCCAGGGGACAGGAGAGCACCUGGAUGUGACUACAACCCUGCUGGGGACCUACUUUUUCUUUAUUCAAUAAUAAAAAUGUAUUUUAAGAUGUGAUCCUGAAAGAGAGCUGAAAAACUGAAAUGACCAACAUCUAUUUUUAUCAUCCAUGAGUGUUGUAAAUACCUUAAAACCCCAUUGCAGGGCCUGUCAAUGCAGUUCCACAGUACAGGGUGCAGACAUGAACACCCUGAGUUUUGCAGGCCUGGGCGUGCUUGGUUCACAGACCUACCCAGGCCGAGUCACAAAACAUUGAAAUUCGGUUCUGCUCAAAAAGUCCCCGUGCAAAGAAGCAUCAAGAAACUGCCACCUGGCUUGUGCUCUGGAUGACAUUGAAAAGAUCAUCUGUGCACCUUGGAGGAAGCAGCUCUACUGCAAAGCACACUCGGCCUGCAGAGCACAAAUGGUUUGUGACUGAGGGUGGCAUGGCUGCCUCCCAGAGCCCACACUCCAAACUGAGCUUGAAGGCCUUCCUGGGAGAAUGAAAGGAUUACUAACUUUAAAUAAAAAAUAAAUAUACAACACACCUUUACAGACAAUUCUGUGACAUUCCUGGACUUGCUUUCAGACUGUAACUGUUCAAGGAAUAAAAGCUAUCACAGCACAGAAAAUACUGUCUCGUAGGUGCAGCACAGGCAACUUUAUGGUGUCUCAGAAUGAUCCAUUUCAACUCCUCACUUCUGUGCAUACAAAAAUGUUAAAAAUGCCUGAAGCAUAGUUUGCUGCAUUCCAGUCAAACUGUUGUUCUCACUUCAAUUUAAUCACCUUCACAUGCACACUUACUGAGUGCCUCUAUUCAUAAAUUGCAUUUUAAUAACCCACCUAAUUGCCUCCUUUUCCCUAAGCAGAUAAGCAUUUAAAAAGACAGGAUCUUUGGUAUCUCCUGCUACUGGCAAAAUUCAGGGUUCUGUAGAUGUUUCUAUCACUUCCUGCAAAAGGUGGCUGAAAGAGGGAAAGAGAAAAACUGAAUAAGGCCUGAGGAGUCCAAAUAAGUGUAACUGCAAUUGAAGCAAGGCACAAAGCUUUAUCACCUUCACUUUAUACACUUUUUAACUUGUGGCAAAAGUUGCCUAUAAAAAAUAUUUGAUUAAAAUAUUUACUACAAUUGAAAAAGAGUUGGAUUAGGAAAGGAAAACUAAGCAAAUCCUCUAAGGAAUUCUGUAGGAUGCAUUUCUAUGAAUUUCUGGGUCUACACAUUUCUACAUGGCCUGUCCACAGCAGAUUUUAUUUGAUUGUUGUAUUAGAAAUACAACAAUCAAAUUUAAAAAAAAUUGUUUUCUGAUUUUAUGAAAAGCCACCCUUAUAUCAGAUUUUGGAUAUGCAGUCAUUUCUUUUGAAGGACAUUAUCCAAAAAAGCAACCCCCAAACCCAGCACACUGUGAAUACAGAUCCAGACAUCCAGCACCAGGAAUGCUACUUCACACCCACCCCAGAGUGUUUCUCUUUCCCAUUAGGUUGCAUUGUUGUGGGCAGGGAGGAUCUGUGCACCAGUUACACAAAAGCUUCUGAGCAGCACACUGGGAAGGCAUGCCCAGCAUUAUCUACCCCACAAUAUCAGUUUACAGAACUACAGGGACAGCAGGAAUGCUUUAGUUUUAAUCCCUACUCCUGGGCCUUAAGCAGCUGCUACUGAAAACAAUUCCAGCUCUUCACCAAGAAGUGCCAUGAAGAGGUGGAGUAGGCAAAUGCUCACCUUCCCAUAAUGGAUCAUUUUGUACCUUCAACAUCUCUGAGCCUAGAAAAAUCUUUGGAGAUAAACCCCAAGGCUUUAGUUCUGGAGCUGCAGCUCACUGCUGUUUCCCUGUUCUCUGGAAGCCUCCGUGGCUUCUCCACAGCCCUCCCAGGCUCACACGGCUCUGACAGUGUCACCUCCUCUCACCUGAGGCUGGGAUGCCACAACCACGCUGGAAGAGAAGAAAAAAGGACAAAAAUGUUUAUGCACUUGAAUUUUUAUGUGCUGUGCCAUAAGGAAUGCUCAGAACCAUAUUCUAAGACAAAUACACUGACUGAUAUAAUGUGUGAUUAUAAAUAAUUCCUAAUAACUUCUAGAGAUAUGUGUCUAGUACUUACACCAUGGCUGCAUCAGGUAAGCUUUAUUUUGAUUAAGGUAGGGAACAAUUUCCAAAAGCACAGGGCAAAAGCUUCUCCUCACUGACAGAUGUGUUUCUAUACAUGCACGGAUUUGCUCUUCUCUUCACAAAUAUCACCAUACAAACAUAUACAGACAAAACCCUUUUAGCAUACAUUCAUCAGUAAAUGUCCAGGAAGAACAAAUCAAUAUGCCAAACCAGAAUUUACAAAAACCAGGCAACAAAGCACAUUUUCUAAGGGCUCAGAAAGUACAGAAUACAAUGGUACAAUUUAUAAUGUUUUUCAUCCUGAUGCCAGAGUCGAUUUUCUUUGGUGCAAAAAUCCAGUGCACUGAAAAUUCUGAAAGCAU